ACACUUGCCCCAUUUCUGCACAAACGAUGCCUACAGAAGUAAGCGAAGUCAACCGUCAAAAUCUUACGCUUUGCGUACCGAGGCGCUCGAGUCUGGAACCCAAGGCCUCUGCAGCGGACAACCUUUCUCGUCCUUUGGUUGUCCCUUCCUCGAUAAAUGAACUCGACGGUAGCUUACCACCUAACCACGUCAUCUUACGCGUGGAAAGGUUUGGAUUUAGCGCAAAUAACGUGACAUACGGACUGCUUGGAGAGCAUCCACAUUUCUUAUACUUUGAUUUUCAUCCCGCUCCUACCACUCAAACAACCUCAUCUAAAACUCAUGGUGUCAUUCCCGUCUGGGGUUAUGCCACCGUAGUCCGCUCGACGCAUUCAGAGAUACAAGCUGGCGAACGAGUGUUUGGAUACCUGGGAAUGUCUAGAUAUCUCGUCCUCCCAGUCGAAAGCCAUGUCAACAAGUUCAAUUUCUAUGUUCCUCGACCCCAUCUUCCAGCGGACAGGAGACCAUAUAAUCAAAUGACAAGAUGCAAUGCUGACCCACUAUACGAUGCUAAUCGUGAGGAUGAGCUCAUGAUUUUUCGCCCCCUAUUUUGGACCUCUUUCUGGUGUGAAGACUGGUUACACAAAACGGGUAUCAUAAAUACGGUACAGAAUGUCAUCAUAUCUUCUGCAUCGUCCAAAACUGCCUAUUGCUUGGCUUUUGUACUUGAUCUCCGGAGAAAGUACCAACGUGUGGCAAUACCCAAGGGUGCCAAGUGGACGAAGCAUAGUGGAAACCCCGAUAAACUCAGAAUCAUCGGAUUGACGUCCAAAAAGAAUGUGAAGUUCACUACGCGCUUAGGUCUCUAUGACGAGGUUCUCUCCUACGACGAUGUGCAGCGGCUCUCGCAACGGCCUGGCCAAUUUGCUUACGUAGACGUCGCUGGAAAUGAGGAACUGAACAAAAAGGUUUCAAAGUCACUCGAAGGACGCGUGAAUAGAUGCGUUGCCCUUGGGAUGUCCCAUCCACCAGGAAAGGACGAGGACGCCAAGUUCGGUAAUACAGCCCAAUUCGAGCAGUUCUUCAUGCCCGAGUGGCUGGUCAAGAGAAGAGAAGAGCUCAGCAUUCAAGAAAUCACCGGUCUCCAAUAUGAUGGGUGGAGUGCGUUGAUGCAGACCUGUCACCAAUGGAUCAAUAUUGAAAGAAUUUGGUGGCCAAGUGCCGCUACAUGGAUGGAUGAGGUUCCGAGUGUUUUGGAUGUUUACGAAGAAAUAGUGGGGGGUGAGGUAGGGCCGGAGAGAGGUAUUAUCAUGAGUAUGUGGACGGAGAAGGACACUAAAACAGAUUUUGCUAUGGGAGGCAAAGCCCGAGCUUUCUACUUUGCGCUCUUCCCCAACAAUCGUCAAGAUAAGAUGAUCCGAAAAGCCCCACCAUUACCGGCUCCUAGUUCCUGGUAUCCUGGUCAUAUGGCUGUAUUUACAAAAAACUUGCCUCAACUCCUUCAAAAUACACAUGUGGUCUUGGAAGCUCGAGAUGCUCGACUGCCCUUGACAUCAAUCAAUCCAAACUUCGAGAAAUUACUCAAGCAGUGGCGCUUAGAUAAAGGGUCGGGGUUUACAGGACCAGUGGAAAGGAUUGUGGUAUACAACAAAACAGACUUGGUGCCGAAUUGGGGUGUUGAGCCGUUUCAAAGGGCACUGUCACGCUAUUUUGACCAUGCAACCUACUUUACUACGGCGAAAUCAGGGAAAACCUUGGAUAUUGCGCGUGAACAUCAGAGCACUUUACCACAACUGAAUGUCCUGGUAGUUGGCAUGCCGAAUGUCGGUAAAUCGACCCUUUUGAACCACCUGAGAGGCUAUGGACUCAAAGGAGUGGGUAUCAAGGAGAGUUUGUUCGAUUAUGAGCAACUGGCCGAUUAUCUGUUAUAUCGACUGAAUACCAUCGACCCAAUGCAGCCGCCAUACCCGUCCUUGCUGUCCAAUCCUACGCGGACCAGACCGGCGUUCGCGGCGACUGAGUCCAUUGACGAUUUCCUCAUAGAACUCUCCGAGAGGAUGGGAUACCUCUUAUCAGGAGGAGUACCAGAUAAGCAGCGCACCGCAAAAUGGUUUGUUGAAUGGUGGAGAAACUCGGCUGCUGGAGAAGCGAAAUUGGGUGGCACCAAGGAAUGGGGAUGGGGUCUUGAUUGCCAAUGGGAGGGGAAUACUGAUCUGCCCAUGAUAAUAGACUCAGAGGUUGUGACAACAACCGAAGGAGAGAAGAAAAGCGACACGCCUUCACCACUUCUCACUACCUAUAAAAACAGCCCUUCACCCUUGGACUUGGAGAAGCGAUUCUGUCAAGUGAUCGAAAGGUAUUUAGCCCAAGAGCCAAGUGAAACAGAAACUAUCAGCGAUACUCAGAUGAAAAAGCGUUCGCACGAGAAGGAGAUUCAAAGGAGACAACGGAAGCGCUUGGAAGCUUCCAGAAAGCGAACGGCUGCUCAGAAAUGGACGCGUCGGCGAUGA